AUGGAGGUCAUCGGAGAUGAGCAUUAUCCUCUCAAGGAAGAUGAAGAGAAGCCGACAAUGUGCUCCACACCAUCGUUAUUGAUGCCGGCAAAGUUUGAAAACUUGUUUGGAAUCAACAAUGGUGAAUCCGAUGGAGAUGGUAGCAACGGCGGAGGCUUAGAAAUGGUGAGUGAUGGAAACUACCACUAUUCAAAAAGAGGUGGAGCCAGUGGAGGUAACCAACAAAGUAUCUCCAAUUACUUUGCUGGUGAUUCUGCUAAUGAUUCUGCAAUUAAAAACUUGAAGAGAAGAAUUGAGGAUUGGAAAGGAGGCAUCUUAGGAAAUGAGUUCUUACAUGUUAGAUGUAAUGCUCAUAUUUUAAAUUUGAUCGUGAAAGAAGGACUCGGUGAACAAAAUGAGUCUACUUCUCGGGUAAGAAAUGCUAUCAAAUAUGUUAAGUCAUUUGUCAAGAAGGUUAAGAUUGACACUCAUGGUCUUUUGACUUUAGAUAUUGAGACUAGGUGGAACUCCACAUAUAUGAUGUUAGAUACAACUGUAAAAUUUGAAAGGGCAUUUUCAAAAAUGUAUGAUGAUGAUCACAAGUACCUCAAGUAUUGUUUAGAAACAAAUAAUGUGGGAGGGCAUCCAUCGAUAGAUGAUUGGAAGAAUGUUAAAGUUUUCAUUAAUUUUCUUGAGAUUUUCUACCAGGUAACUUUGAAAUUCUUAGGAAUUUCAUAUGUUACUUCCAAUUCUUUCUUCCAUGAGAUCUUUAAUCUUCAAAAGAUAAUUUGCAAAUAUGUUCGUAGUGAAGAUUCUAUUUUGAGUGGCUUGGCUAAAAAGAUGGAGCUUAAAUUUAACAAAUACUGGGGUACUUUUGAAAGUAUGAACAAAUUAUUAUUCAUUGCUGUUGUUAUGGAUCCUCGAUACAAGUUGAAAUAUGUGGAAUAUCUGUUUAAAAACUCUUAUGGUUGUUUGGUGGGAGCCGAAAAAUCGAAAAAGGUGAUGGAUACUUUGAGUCGCUUGUAUGAUUACUACAUGAGUUCUUUUUAUGAAGACAAUACUGAAAAUAAAUCAGAACUUGAGAAGUACUUGGUAGAUGAUUUGGAAAAGACCAAAGAGUUAGAUAUUUUGGCUUGGUGGAAAAUUUCUUCGACUGGAUAUCCAAUUAUUUCUAGGAUGGAAAGAGAUGUUCUUUCUAUUCCUAUUUCUACUGUUGCUUCUGAAUCAACUUUUAGCAUCGGUGGUCGAAUUCUUGACUCUUAUCGAAGUUCUUUAUCUCCAAAGACAGUAGAAGCUCUUAUUUGCACUCAACAAUAA